CGUUCGAUCGAGUUAGAAAACCGAUAUAUUUCCAAACUUUGAAAAAGGACCUCUAUUAAUUUUAUCACUCGUUUUUAUCUGAGGAACUGACGAGUAUUGAAAGUAGAUUUCUCUACGAUCAAUUUUCCGAUAUCAUUGUGACAAAACUGAAAAUAAAUAAAUAAAAAAAUUGAUUUAUUUUACAGUAAAUACAUGUUUAAGUCAGUUGUCAUAAUAAGCAAUGAAAAGAAAAGGCUCUCGUUUUCCAACGAGUUUCAACAGCACAACCUACAAAAAAAUUCCAUUUUUCCAUGGAAAUAAUAAGAUUUUAAAGAGGAACAUUCCGGUAACCUUUCCAAAAUAAUGUUUCAAGAAUCAACCGUUAAAAAAAACGUAUGCGGUUAUAAUAAAAACAAAUAAGAAAUUACCUUCAACGCUCACUCUCGUGUUUAUCAAAAUAAUUAGAUGUAUAGAACGUAGUUAGUAUAGCAUCAAGGCUGAUGUGAUUUGUAACAACACAGGAAACGACGAUGAUGUCAACAUCAUUUAACAAGAUUUUGCUGGGAAAGAUAAAUGGCACGUGGAAUUUGAUGACAGGAACAAGAACGCCAUCGACUACAACAUCUAGAUGGCUGCUGGAAGAAAUAGACAAUGUUGAAAACGGGAACGACGAGUUGAGUAACAAGGAUGAGUACGUGCCUUAUGUUGAUCGUCCUGAGACUUACAUCGUACCGAUCGUAUUUCUCCUUAUUCUUUUGGUCGGUGUCACGGGCAAUGGAAUCCUUGUAUUGACUCUUCUCCGUCAUUCAAACAUGCGAAACGUACCAAAUACUUACGUUUUAUCAUUGGCUCUCGGCGAUUUACUGGUUAUAAUAACCUGCGUUCCGUUUACUUCGCUGCUGUACACUAUCGAAUCAUGGCCAUGGGGCCUCGCCGUAUGUAAAAUAUCAGAAUGUGCUAAGGACGUUUCAAUCGGCGUUUCCGUAUUUACGUUGACAGCACUUUCAGCCGAGAGAUAUUGUGCCAUAGUGAAUCCCAUAAGACGUCACGUGGCCAGCUUGAGUGCAAAACCAUUAACGAUACUUACUGCUUCGUUAAUAUGGCUCUUCGCGAUGGUUCUCGCCAUGCCGGAUGCUCUUUUCUCACACGUUCCAACAAUCGAUCUCGGUGGAAAUCGUACGAUUUUCAUUUGCAGCCCUUUCCCCGAGGAAUUCGGUCAAAAUUAUAAAAAAGGCAUGGUACUUUUCAAAUUUCUUGCUUACUAUGCCAUUCCACUUUGCAUCAUUGCCGGGUUCUAUUUCGGUAUGGCACGUCAUCUUGAAUUAUCGACGAGAAAUAUGCCUGGUGAGUUAUCCGGGGCUGUGGCUCAUCGUGGCGAGCAAAUACGAGCACGAAAAAAGGACGGACCAAACACAAGGGAAUAUUUGCAAUUGGCUCUGGAAAGGGUUCUCGAAUUGCAGCGAACACUGAAUGACAACACGUACUUCAUUGACGAAACGAGUGAUUUGGGAGAAUCAGACAACGACGAUGAUUUGAUGAAACACGUGGUAACGAAAGUAUUUCGCGAUUUACCAGGAACAACCAGCUCAAAAUUAGCAGGAAUAAUAGAGCGUGAAACUCGUGUGAAGCAAGAACUUUCAAAAAUUCGCUUCAAAACAGUCCAGCUUUCGGGUUACGACACUUGUCGUAAGGUGGCUGUACAUUUCAUGAAAAAAGCAGUGCAGAGCGAAAACCCUCGUCGACUACCAGAUUCCCCAAUGAAAUUACGUCGCAAGUCGAUCGGUAAUGCAGAUUUUAUUCACGAUAUGGAUCGAAAAAUUUUGGCGAAAAAAUCGGACUUUGAGUUGAAGUUGAGGAUGCUGACGGAGCUGGAUAUUCAUCUCGCAACCAAACAACGUGAUUACACAGCCAGAUUAAUGAGACACUAAUUCAUUCGCGUUACAUCUUUUUCUUAACCAACGAGUUUCCAAUCAUCGAUUUCGAGUUUCUAGUUUCAAUUCUAGUCCGCAUCUAGUCUUAAUAUUUAUACAAUAUUUAAUAUGAUUUUUGUAUACACACCUGUUUGGAAAUCAUAGUCUCGCUUGACAUGAUUUUUUUUUAUGGAAUAUUCAGAAAAUCGUUAGUUUCUCGACUUAUUCCUUCGAGCGCAAAGUAAAAGAGUGAUGCAAAAUAGUGAGAAAAAAAACCGAUAAUUGAGUUAUUUCAGGAGUGGAACCAUCUCGCUAUUAAUUUAUAUCUAGUCAGCAAGAGGUCGCGUAAUGUACUUAUUAAUUAAUCUUAAUCAAUGCGAAAAACAUUUUUGAAAAAUAGCAAAUAAACAUCAUCUUGACUGUGUAAAAAAAUCCUUUAUGCUUUAUUACAUACAUUUGUUGUAAAUGAUUAAACAAAGAGCGUUCUCCAGUGGCCUAGAGACUAAAAUUAAAAAACGAGUUUUUUUUACCCAUUUAAAGAAUAAUCUACGCAUUAUCGAUGAACCACGUAUUAAAGAUAGUGUGCUAGACCAUCGUUUUUCUCAACUUCAUUAAGUUGAAUUCAUACCGUCAAAGUUCAAUUAGUCAUUAUGAUAAUUGAAUUUUGAUGCUAUGCGAACUCAUGUUGGACAAACAUAAUCUACGAAAGGGAAGGAGUUUGAGGGAGACCGACUAAUGAUAUUAUGUGGAAGGAAUAAAGGAUAAAUACGAAUAAAAUCAGAGCUAUAAAUAAAGGAAAAGGAAAAGCUAUGCAAUUGAUUCAAGCAUCAAAUAAAAAUGCAAUGGAUGUCAA